UAUUAUACCCGCAACAUCCUGUCAACUGAAAUGUUUAAAUUAGAAAAUAAACAACAAAUUGUGUACUCCCACCGUUUUACAGGAAGUCGAUCCAGAUGGUACCUCUUCAUGUGAAAUACUAUACUGACGUAAACGGUAUAUAGUUGUAUUUAGAAGUCAAGUCAAAAUGACAGUAUUGUUUGAUUCUGAUAAUUCUAUCAAAUAUGGAAUGGUCAGGGAAAUUCAGCAAAGAGUUGAGUUAAAACCAAUCAGCAUGGACAUGAUGAUAAAUCUGUCCUGGGCUACCACUUCUAUUUCUAUCUACAUCCUGUAUGCAACUGUACUUUUACAUUGGUACAAAUCUCACAUGAUACAACUGAGGUUAAAGGACAUUAAUGGACUAUUGGUGUUAGCAGGCCUGACUUUAUGUCUGGUGAAAUAUGGACUGGAACUUCAAGGAAGCUUGGUACUUUUACUUGGGAUUGUGGUGUCCUAUUUUCAGCUGUCACCAGUUAUCCUCCCAAUCAACAAUAAAGCUAUACUUAUAACAGGUUGUGACCGUGGUAUUGGCAAAGCUUUAGCCAAAUAUUUAGACAAGGCAGGAUUCAAAGUUUAUGCUGGUUGUUUGGAAAAUGAAGGGCAUGGAAAACAAGAUCUGACGAAUUCCUGUUCAUCAAGACUUCAAACAAUCCAACUUGACGUGAGCAAUGAAAUUCAGAUAAAAACAGCUGCUGCUAUAGUACAGAAAGACCUUGAAAUUUCAGGUAUGAAAUUAUGGGGAGUAAUAAACAAUGCUGGUAUUUGUUUCAUUGGUAAUGUUGAGAUGAUGGUAACAGAAGACAUUCAUAAAAUACUAGCCGUGAAUUACCUGGGACCAGUUACUGUGUGUAAACACUUCCUACCACUUCUGAGAGAAAGUCAAGGCAGAAUUGUCAAUGUUGCAAGCAACUGUGGCCUGGCACCUGUACCACUCAUGGGACCAUACUGUGCUUCUAAGUCAGCACUGGCUACAAUGUCAGAAGUAUGGAGAUAUGAAUUCAAAAUGUGGAAAAUAAAAGUCUGUACAAUCAUCCCUAGUGGAUAUAAAACAGGUAUCAUGGCUUAUGACAAGGCUGCAGUGGCAGAAAGGUGGUGGAAAGGAGCAAGUAAAUCUGUCAAGGAAAAUUACGGCAAAGACUGUUUCUACAUUAAACAUAAGCUUAAAGAUCCAGAUGCUUAUCUGAACCCAGACUUCACUGAAAUUUUAGACAAUAUAAAUCUAGCACUGUUGUCAGUCAGUCCAAAGUCUCAUUAUUACAGCGGAUUACUCUCUAGGGCAUUGCCGUUCCUCUACCUGCAUCUACCAUCCUGUAUUGGAGACAGAGUCAUGUCAAUAAUGGUCAACUGGUUUGACUUUGUACCAAAAGCUUUAUCACAACAGCCUAAAUCAUGUCACUGAUUAACAGUUGUUUAACAAAUGACAAUUAAACAUCAACAGUUCCGUUAAAUCAAAACACUGAUUGAAUGAUUGAUGGCUGUUUAAUCAAAAUAUUGUAACCUCAGGACAUGAAUAAUGGUGCGUAAAUAAUUUAUUACAAAGACAUCACUGUGAUUAUUGGAGAGUGAAAUUUUUCAUUAGCCACACACAUAAUAUAUGGAUUUGAUGAACAACUAAAACAGUAUUGUUUUAUUUGUCAAGAUAUUGUAAGACUGAAUUUGUUACCGUUCACAAUUUUCAAAUCAUUUAAAUUCAAAUAACAAUUGAUUAAAUAUUUGUGAAAUAUCAGAAUUGUCUCGAAUGAAUUUAAAAAAAAAUCAUGUUCAAUAUCAAAACCAAUACUUAACUGUUAUUCUUAUAACAAUUACAGAUGGUGAUAAAGGGAGGUAAUUACAUAUCAAAUUCAGAGUGGUCAAAUAAAAAAUGAAACACAAGGACCUUACUUGUUAAGAUAAAUCAUCCUUAUGGUCUAAUUUUUAAAUAAAGAAAAAUAGAAAAUUUGGAGAUACAUUCUGUUAAUUCCAUUUAUAGUUUCUAAAUCAAUUAAAUAUUGAGUGUUUGUCUUCAAAACGGAUAAAAAAAAACAUAACAUAUAUGAGUGCCUUUACACAACACUCUUUCUGUGAUGAAUAUUGUUAAUCUUAUUUUUUGUUUGUGUGUUUUAUAAUGAAGCUUAUGUAUUGUCAGAAACACUCUGACACACCAGUACACUUUUGUCAGAAACUCUGACACACCAGUACACUUUUGUCAGAAACUCUGAUAGACCAGUACAUUUUUGUCAGAAACUCUGAUACACCAGUACAUUUUUGUCAGAAACUCUGAUACACCAGUACACUUUUGUCAGAAACUCUGAUACACCAGUACACUUUUGUCAGAAACUCUGACACACCAGUACACUUUUGUCAGAAACUCUGAUACACCAGUACAUUUUUGCUGGUACUAAACAAAACAUUUUAUUUUAUAACCUAUACAAACUAAUUCAAUAUUUCUGAAUUGAGAUUUUUAUGUUUUCAUGGUUAAAAAUGUCUGUGUAUAAGAAAUAAUUUAAAAUAAUUUACAUUCAAGUUCAAUUUAGCUGUUUAUAUCUAAAAAUAACACGACUAUUAUGUUACACCUCAGACAUAUGCUAAUUUUUGUCUCUUCAAAAAACCUGAAUCAAGUAUGCCAUUGCAAAUUUUCUUGUUAUUGUAUUUUCAUCAUUUUAUUUUGGUGGAAAAUAUCAUUUCCAAAGGUCAAAAGUAAGAAUGGGUUCAGAAAGGUUAAAACUUCAGGAUGGCCACUUUGCCCUCAAUACAUAGUAGACAUUUUUAUAAGACUUGCACAUAAAAUACACUGAUAAAGUGUUAAGCUUUUGUAGUCAAUAUUUUUACAAAAUGUUGGUUUGAAUUGAGUGGGUGAUUUAUGUAAAAUGCAAACAGUUGUCUUGAGUUUGUGCUAGUCAUAAUUAGACAUACCGGUAAUUUAUUUAUUUAGUCGUUUUUUUAUUUUGUUAAAGAUAUAAUUUAUAUUAUUUGUUGUUAUAGUAUGUUGAAUGUUAAAAAUAAAAUGUUAAAAAAAUUA